UGAGUACGACUUCUCCAUCACAGGAAUGCAAAUGAUGCAAAUUUUGUCGGAAAAGUCCAAGAAAUCCUCCAUUUCCUUAUCAUGGGUCAACACUGCGUACUUGGUAUGUGACUUGUACAAGGCAAUUUCAAAUAAUAGAGAGAAGGCCAUAGAGCUACAGUUGGGAAGAAACUCUCUUCGCCGGUUGGAAGACUCCAUUCAAAUGACCAAUACGGGCCAUGAUACUGAAGAGAGCAGAGAAUUGAUAAAUGCUGUCAACACUGGGGGCUCGGGAAAAGGUGUUACCCCAUCAGAACUUGGGGGCGAUAAUGAAACUCAGGCGGACUUCUUCGUCAUGUCCCAAGAUUUUCUCCUUUCGGGUAAUGAUAACGAUCAGGUAGAGUUCCUCGCGAGGAUUCUCAAGGAGAUGACGGAAUAACCUGACUGAUCGGGUUUCGCGUUUCGCGUCUCGCGAUACAAAAACCGUUAUCUCUUAUCGAUGCUCAGAUUUUCAGUCGCUGACGUACAAUCUAAAACGGCUAUAUCUAAUGCUCUGAAUAUUUAUAGAUACGCUGGGAUCCUGAUAUUGCACAAGCAAGUAAAACAAAUACUAUGUCUUUAUUAAGUAAAUGGAAAGAAACUGAUAUCUUCAAGGAAAUCACUCCCCGGAUGAUUUUCAUCGCCUUUUCGGCAUCAUUGGCAGCGAUGAACGCUGGUUACGAAGGUGGAUAUUUUUCAACCAUUCUUGUUAACCAAUUUUUCCUUGGAAAAUACGGCCACUACACGGAAGCGGCUGGAGUCAAGACUCUUGACAGUGAGUACCAGAGUGUCGGUUCUGGUUUGGGAAGUGCUGGUACUAUGUUGGGUGCUGUUUUCUUUACGCCUAUUGGUGAGAGAUUCGGAAGAAAAUGGGCUAUUUUUGGUGCUGCUGUCAUCAGUAUCAUCGGAGUUAUAAUCCAGUGUGUUGCUUCAGGAAAUAUAUGGGCUUUUAUUAUGGGAAAGUUCAUCAACAAUAUGGGAACUGGUGUCGCUAAUGCCAUUGUGCCUGUGUACUUGUCUGAGUGCUCACCUGGUGUGAUCAGAGGAACCAUUACUUCUUUUUACCAGUGGUUCUACACCUUCGGGCAGUUCUGGGCUUACCUUAUAUGUUAUUUAACUGAAGAUAUUAACAGCAAGUGGUCUUAUUUGUCGGUGGUGGUAGCUUCGGUCUUCAUUCCUACCGUUUUAUUGUUUACCAGUGUGUUUCUUACCGAAAGUCCUCGUUGGUUACUUCAACAAGGACAGGUGGACAAAGCCAAAGAGAACUACCAAUUGAUCUUCAGCAAGAGUGACCAUCUUGAAUUCGAGGUCAUGAUGCAAGAAGUUGGUAAAAAAGAUGGCCAUAGUUCUUCAUGGGCAGACUUGUUCAAGGGUGUCAACUUCAGAAGAACCUCUCUUGUCUUAGCCAUUCCUUGUCUUUUGAACGGUCAAGGUUUGGCAUUCAUGGGAAACUACUUGGUGUUGUUCUUGGUGCAAAUCGGUAUCAGCAACUCGGUGAUGAUUUUGACAAUCAUGAUGGCAGUUUUGCUUGUGACAAACACUUUCUCUUUCUAUGGAGCCGACAAGUUUGGCCGUAGGGUUCUUUUAAUGGGAUCCUCUCUCAUCAUGUUUAGUUCCUUUUUCAUUGUCGCCGGUGUCGGAUACUAUCUCCCAUCCACCCACCAAAAUCAACAGGUGUGUUUGGCAUUCCUUUUUAUUUGGUGUAUUCUGUAUGGUUGUACAUGGGCCCCAUUGGCACAUAUUACUGCUGGGGAGUUGCCCAGUGCAGAGUUGAGAGAAAAGUCUCUUUCGUUGGCUACAUUCCUCAACUUCGGUAUUGGUAUGAUGAUUUCGUUUGUUAACCCUUACAUGCAAAAUACGGGAUACGGAAACCUUCAAGCUAGAGUUGGCUUUGUUUAUGGUUCUGUAUCGAUCUUGGCUUUCACCUACGUUUACUUCCUCUUGCCGGAAGUUAAGAAAUUACCCCUUAACAUUAUUGACACCUUGUUUGAAAGAAAAGUGGAAACCUUCAAGUUCCAGGAAGAAGGCCUCAAGUUAUUGGAGGAAGUCAAGGAUGCCGAUGAACUCGAAAUUACCAGUAUUUUGAGUUCCAGGCCUAACGAGAAAUCUGGUGAUAUUGGUUUCUCUGUGACUGAGAAAGAAGGUUCUGUUUAAUUAUUUUUAUAUUAUAUGCUGUCUAGAAAUUCAUAAAACUAUUG